CCGGCCAAGAAGAGGGGAUUUCCUGUGGGAAAGCCCGGCCAUCCCACGGCCAGCAGGACGUUGCAGUUUCUCCUCUUGCUGCGCAGCAGGCAGCUUGGGACCAGCGAGAUGGCAGCGUGGCUCCUGCUGACCCUGCUGCUUUACCAAGCCCUGCUGGCUGCAGCCCACGGCUCCGUGCAGGUGACAGGCAUCGUGGGGAAACCGGUGCUGCUGCACGUGAACGUGCCGCCGGGCUUCCAGGUCAGGGACGCCAUCUGGAGGUACCUGUCUCCCAAGGAAGAGCUGGUGGCCACCUUCUUCCGGGGCUCGUCUGAGACCCUGUACCAGUCCCGUUUCCACGGCCGGAGCCGGCUCCACAAGAACCUCACCCUGGAGAUUGGACAAGUUGAACUGGGAGACAAUGGGACCUUCUCCGCCCUGCUGGUGAACACGAGGGGGCAUAUUGAGACACGCACCCUUCACCUUGCUGUCUACGAGGUGGUGUCCCAGCUGGCCGUGCAGGUGUUCACAUCGACGGGCCAGAACAGCUCUGCUGGGGCCUGCGAGGUGUUUCUGACCUGCGGUGCCUCAAAGGGCACCAAUGUGACCUACAGCUGGAGGCGUGCGGAGGGGGCGCACCUCCAUGCAGGCACCCACUCGUUCUUCGAGGCUGGCCAGGUCCUGCGGGUCCAGCUGGGUCCUGGGGACAGGACGGCCUGCUACACCUGCACUGCAGUCAACGCUGUCAGUCAAGUCUCUGUGACCAUCGUCCCAUGGAAGCACUGCCACAAGGAAGAAGGUGUGGCGGCCAGCAAGUAUGACUACAGGGACAUCCUGCUCAUUGCCCUGCCCCUCGCUGUCCUCGCCAUAUCCAUGGUCACCAUGGGGAUCCUCCACUCUUGGAAGCGCUCAGGGAAGCACAGAAUAGCAUCACUGGCAGAUGCCUGCGAGGCAGAGCCAGUCCCCGUCUAGGACCCAGCUGCAGCACGGGAGCAGGGGGACCUGUGUCCCCAGGAGAUGCAGCCCCUCGUUGUCCUUGUCGAGGAAGCAGCAGAAGGCUCCCGGGGCAUGCAUUACCGCGUCCUCCCUGCUUCCUGCACAGCUCAGAGGGAGGCUGGCUCCUUCCUUCACCUUCGGGAUGACUUCCCCAGCGACUGGGAUGAGAGGUCAGCAUCCUGGCAUGGACUUAUUUGCAGUCAAAGCAGCAUUAUUCAGGGCCUGCGGGAUCCUUCUGCCUCCCAGCAGCCACUGCCAUCACACACAUUUCCUGUGCGGUCCUUGCUCCCCUGCAUCUCACAACUGGAGACAUUUUUGCUGAACUGCUUUCCCCCCCAUUUGCCUUCACUGGCUUCUCUCAACAUCUCCUGGCAGUGCAUAUUCUGAAUAUCCUUCUGCCAAGUGUGCUCCAGGGCACUGCCACCAGCAGACGUACCCAUUACUCAAGCAAGCCAAAGCAGGAGACUGGCAAUCCUGGGAGACAAGGCAUUCGGUGGUUUCACAUGAGUUGGCAGGUCACAGGCUCACCUGCAGUCCUCACCUCCCUCUGCCUGCUCCUUGGCUUCACAAGGAGUUUGCUUGGGAUCAGCUAUGUGGAGCCAGAGGACCUAUUCUGUAGCAAAGAUGAGGCCCAAAGGGCUACAGGGCCAUGCUACCGGAAGAGCUUGGCAUUUUGAGGGUACACUGGGUCCUGAGUGCUGCUGUUGAUCUGGCCCCAAUUUAAGUAACUGGCACCCGGUCAUGGACACUGAGUCCUUGCAAGUCUGAGCUUGUUGGUAAACACAGGCCCCAAGAGGCAGAUGAUAAGUGAGGGAAGGGCAUGCUGCCCAAGACUCCCCGCUUCCCAAAACACUUUCAAAAGAGGAGGGCAUCUAAGAAUUGGAAAAUAUUGCCUGAAGCUAUCCAGAAACUGCUCUGGGAUUUCCUCAGGGCUUUGGGAUCUACCCCAGUCGCUGCGCAGUAGAGCUGCACAAGGACUACAUGUACUCACACAGCUGCACACGCCUGUGCCCACCCCCACUCUUCUCUACAGCGAAUUACGUACAGAUAUGUCUUCGGUAACUGCAACCUGUAAAACAAAAACCUCGUCAGAAGUAGCUGUUCAUGUUGUAAAUAGCUAAUUUAAGACAAUCCAAGUACACCGGUGAGAUCCAUGCAAAACCUGUGUAAUUAUGUAUUAAAAUCAAAGUGU